UCCGUAUUGUGUGCACGUUGCACUCUGCAGUGCUGCUUGAAAUGGGAAACUACCGCCGGGCUUUUGUGGGGAUUUUGAUCUCAACUUGCAUUGUAGUUUUUGUUCUGUCAUCGACAAAUUUAUCCAGCAGCAGUUGGAAUCCUUUCUUAGAAACAAUCUCAGAAGGACACGAGGAAAUAGCUGAGUGGGAAAAAGAAAACUCGCUUGCCUCCAAUGUUUCGUUAACGGAUCCCACAAAACAAGCUGGAAGCACAAGAAGCGCAGAGAGAGUGGAUGAAGCUGAGACUCCUGCUCCGGUCCUCCUCAGAAAGACCUUCAAGAAGCUUCCACGCUUUGCUUUUGAGGACAUUUAUAACCAGGAUGCUUCACGCAGGCCGACAACAUGUGCCCAGUCUCUACGGAACUCUGAAGAUAAAGACUUCAAGAAGAACUUCCUCCCUGACAUUCGUUUGUUUAUGGACAAAGUGAACAUGAGCGAGUGGAACCGACUGUCGCACUUCAACAACCCUUUUGGUUUCAUGCAGUUCAGAUAUGAAGAGGUGAUGCCUUCAUUGAAGUUGAUUCCAAAGCCUAAAGAGCCGCUGCUCCUUGCAGGGGGGGGCAGUGAGGGAUGCGUGCGCUGUGCUGUGGUGGGAACAUCAGGAAUCCUUUAUGGCUCGAAAAUGGGCAAAGAAAUCGAUGCUCACGAUUACGUUUUUCGGAUGAACGGUGCGGUCAUCAAAGGCUUUGAGGAAGACGUAGGAAACAAGACAUCGGUGUACGUCCACACUGCCCAUUCAAUCACUACAUCGCCCUAUUUGUUCCAGAAGUACGGAUACACAAGCGCCCCUAUGGAUGAGGGUAUAAAAUAUGUGAUGAUACCUGAAGCCAUGAGGGAUUUCUAUUGGAUGGAGGGUCUUUUCAAACAUGAAAGAAUCAACGCUGGGCCACAUAAAAACGCCAGGCCGUGGACAUACUACGGUGGACAGUACAACGAGAGCCGCUUCUACGUUCUGCACCAGGAUUUCCUCAGAUACGUUCGAAACAGGUUCUUAUUGUCUCCUCAUCUGAAUUCUUCCCAUUGGGCGAUUGUCAGACCAACCAAUGGAGCCUUCACCAUCUUCCUCGCUCUGCAAACCUGUGACACUGUUAGUGCAUAUGGAUUCAUGACAGAGGACUACGCAAAAUACUCUAACUACUACUGUCAGAGGGAUCUUAAAACCAAAGUCAUUUUUUACGCCAACCACGACUAUCACAUGGAGAAGAGACUGUGGAAAAAACUACACGACAGCAAAAUACUGAAGCUGUAUCAGAGAACUCCGAAUCCCAGUGAAGCACCGAGGAGAACUCCGAAAGAUGUCCGAACACGCUGAGCUGCCAGUUAACGCAGCUGGUUUUGAAGUGGGUUCAUGUGUUCAUAAAGGCCUCAGGUACAGCGUGGGACUUUGAAGGGACUUCACAAUGUUUAGGAUAUUUAAAGACAUGCUGUUCUCCCCGUUGUUGUGCGUCAGCAGCGUGUUUUCUGCUGCUCUUGGUGUCUUGUGUUUUCCACAAUGACUCAGGUCCCACCAUCAGUGACUUAUUCAGUCAAAACGACGACGUUCAAGAACAUCAAUCUUCAGUUAGCUGGUGCCUUCGGGGUUUGCAGGUUUUAUAAAGAAUAGUCUAAAACUAAGCUUUAAGAAAUGUAGUUUUGUAUAUUUAAUAUUAAUAAAAUGGAAUAUUUUCUUCUUGUUCUUUGCUGCUUCCUUCUCUACAAGAGGCUUCAGUGAAGUGAGCUAGAUUUAAAGAUUUCCUUAUAUGACAUUGGAUGACUGUAAAUAUCUGCUUAUUGCUGAUAACUAUAACUAUAUUAUUGCAAGUCGCUUUGGAUAAAAGCAUCAGCAAAAUGACAUGUGAUGUAAUGUCAUGUAAAUAUCCAUGUUGGUUUUGUUCAUACUAAACGGUUUACACACACACACAUCCAUGGGCUUCGGGUCUGAUUGUGUUUCAUUUAAUUGUAUCUGUUAACAUAAGAGUAUAUUGCCCUCCAUUGUCACAAUCUGUUGUAUUUACUUUUCUAUACAUCAUAUGUAUGCAGUGUUGUGUGUUAAGCGGCAGCCAAUAGGAUGCCCCUGAAUGGACAUGUGACCAAGGAGAGGUCAAGUGAGCCUGCGUUCAAUAA